AACAAUAGCAAGCCAGCUCUAGUUAAUUAUUUUACCCACACAACCAUGGCCGCCCUACACGCCCGCAAGGGCGAUGUGCAGGCCCUGAAGGUCGACGCAGCCGCACAUCUCUAUGGCAAGAAGCUCAAUUUCACCGCAGCCGCUUCCGUGAACGAUGUGAUUAGCAAAGGUAGCAACCCCUUCGCCACCAACACUAUUCUCUUCAGCUCUGGCGAGCUGCAGCUGUCGGAGCCCAGCGCCGCAGCGACAUUCCUCGCCGGCGGCCGCGCCUCGCUGCCCCUGUCCGUGCUGAAGUGGGUGGACUGGGCCGAGGCCGUGCUGCGGCCCGCCACCUACCUGGGCGGCGAUGCACUGGUAGCAGCGGAGGUGGAGCUGGAGGCGGCGCUGACCGCGGGCGAACUCAACGCAGCGGCGGCCGGCCUGGCGGAGGUGUUUGUGUUCGCCACGCUGCUGCCGCUGGGGCUGCGCAAGAAGCUGCCGCAGCAGCUGGACAGCUUCGUGGGGGCGGUGGCGGCGGCGCCGGCGGUGCAGUCCGCCGUGGCUGACGUGGGCUGCGACGACGGCGCCGCAGUGGUGGGCGUGUGGCAUGACGACGCCGCGGCCUACACAGCCGCCCGCCCCAAGCGCCCCAUCCCCGGCCGCCGCAACAUCUUGAUCACCUCGGCUCUGCCGUACGUCAACAACGUGCCGCACCUGGGGAACAUCAUCGGCUGCGUGCUGUCUGCUGACGUGUACGCGCGCUACUGCCGCGCCCGCGGCCACAACUGCAUCUACGUGUGCGGCACCGACGAGUACGGCACGGCCACCGAGACCAAGGCUCUGGAGGAGGGGCUGACGUGCCAGCAAAUCUGCGACAAGUACCACGCCAUCCACGCCGGCAUCUACCAGUGGUUCGACAUUGCGUUCGACCGCUUCGGCCGCACGCCCACGCGCGCCCAGACCAAGAUCGCGCAGGACAUCUUCAAGUCGCUGCAGUCGCGCGGGCAGCUGGUGCAGCAAGAGAUGCAGCAGCUGUACUCGGAGGCCGCCGGCAAGUUCCUGGCAGACCGCUUCGUCACCGGCACAUGCCCCAAGUGCGGGUACGAGGACGCCCGCGGCGACCAGUGCGACGGCUGCGGCAACCUGCUGAACCCCACGGAGCUGAUCCGGCCCAAGUGCAAGCUGACCGGCACCACGCCCGUCAUGCGCUCCACGCGCCACGUGUUCCUGGACCUGCCCCAGCUCAGCCCGCAGCUGCAGGAGUACAUCACCACCACCAGCGCGCAGGGCGGCUGGUCCGCCAACUGCGUGACGCUAACCAACGCCUGGAUGCGCGACGGCCUCAAGCUGCGCUGCAUCACGCGCGACCUCAAGUGGGGCACGCCUGUGCCGCUGGAGGGCUUUGAGGAGAAGGUGUUCUACGUGUGGUUCGACGCGCCCAUCGGCUACAUCUCCAUCACCGCCAACUACACACCCGACUGGGAGGCCUGGUGGAAGAGCCCCAAGGACGUGGAGCUGGUCCAGUUCAUGGGCAAGGACAACGUGCCCUUCCACACCGUCAUCUUCCCCGCCACGCUGCUGGGCACCGGCGGCGACUGGACCAUGAUGCGCAACAUCAGCGUUACCGAGUACCUCAACUACGAGGGCGGCAAGUUCUCCAAGAGCCGCGGCACGGGUGUGUUCGGCAACCAGGCCCAGGAGACGGGCAUCCCGGUGGAGGUGUGGCGCUACUACCUGCUGGCCAACAGGCCCGAGCAGGCCGACACGGACUUCAAGUGGAGCGACCUGGCGGCCAAGAACAACUCCGAGCUGCUCGCCAACCUGGGCAACUUCAUCAACCGGGCGCUGAUGUUCGUGUCCAAGUUCUUUGACGGCGUGGUGCCCGGCGCCACUGCCGCGGGGCAGGCGGAGGCGGAGGAGCUGGGCAAGACCGUGGGGCCCAAGGUGGACGAGUACAUUGCGGCGAUGGAGCGCAUCAAGCUCAAGGAGGGGCUGCGGCUGGUCAUGUCCAUCUCGGCAGACGGCAACAAGUUCUUGCAGGACACCAAGCCUUGGGUGGCUGUGAAGGAGGACAAGGACAAGUGCGCCACCCUUGUCGCCACCAGCGUGGGCCUGGUGCGGCUGCUGUCGGCACUGAUGGCUCCCUACAUGCCCUCGCUGUCAGCCAAGAUCCUGCAGCAGCUCAACCUGCCGUACGAAUCCAGUGUGGCUCUCAGCGAUGAGCUGGUGGCGGGCUGCCGGCAGCCGCAGUCGCUGGUGCCCGCCGGCCACGCCAUCGGCACGCCGGGGCCGCUCAUCAGCACCAUUAGCGACGAAACCGUUGCGGAGCUGCGCGCGCGCUUCGGCGGCAACCAGGCGGAUGACGAGGCCGCGGCGGCGGCCACCGCCGGCGGCGCCAAGCCCGGCGACAAGAAGGCGGCGGGCGGCAAGGGCGGCGCCGACAAACAGGGCGGGGCGGCGGCGGCGGGCGGGGAAAAGAAGGCGGCGCGCGAGGGCACUCCGGACGUGAGCUGGCUGGACGUGCGUGUGGGCGUCAUCACAAAGGCCUGGAAGCACCCGGACGCGGAGAGCCUGUACGUGGAGGAGGUGGAUGUGGGCGAGCCCCAGCCGCGACAGGUGGUGAGCGGGCUGGUCAAGUACAUCCCCACCGCCGAGGCGCUGGUGGGCCGGCGGGUGGUGCUGCUGUGCAACUUGAAGCCGGCGGCCAUGCGCGGCGUGCAGAGCCAGGCCAUGGUGCUGGCGGCGUCAAGCGCCGACGGGGCGCAGUUGGAGCUGUUGGAGCCGCCCGCCGGCGCCAAGGUGGGCGAGCGCAUCAGCUGGCCGGGCUUCCCUGGCGAGCCGGAGGAGCAGCUCAACCCGCGCAAGAAGGUGUUCGAGGCGAUCCAGCCCGACUUCACCACGGACGCGGGCUGCGUGGCGGUAUACAAGGGCGCGGCCUUCACCACCUCCGCCGGACCCGUCAAAGUGGCGACCAUCGUCGGCGCCUCCAUCAAGUAAAGCAGGCGGCGUAUGGCUGUAGCGCGAGGCUGCAGCAAAGGGGGCGGCGGCGCGCGGGAGGCUGCAGCAGCAGGCGCCCGCACUGUGGUGGUGGUGUGUGGUGCCUGAGUUUCACUCUUUGGUUGUGGGGCAGCAACGACAGUGCUGCUGGCGGUGGGUGAGCAAGGCGGCUUGAGGCUGAGGACCGAGGUGUGGUCGACGCGUUGGACGGGUGGCGUGAGUCGCGGUACGGAUCGUUAAGGGGUGCAACGAGACGCCUCGUAAUGGACACGCUUGCGUGAGCUGUGUGUAUGGACCGCAGUAACAGGAUGGCGGUGAAGGACCGACACGCGAGGGGCAAUGGUCAAGGGCGGGUGCGCGGUCCUAGAACUGGUGCAGGUGCGGUUGUGUGUGGUGGAGCAGGUGCACUUGAGGAUCCACGAACGGCACGCGUGCGCGUGUCAAGCAAGGCCGUCUGUGUGUGUGAUACGCAGGGUUGAGGCGUGAGUCGUGAGAUGCACGGACGGGUAAAACAGGCAGGAGGAUGUGAUGCGUGGGGCCGUUGUGAAGGACUGUGGUCUGUCAAGGCACGGCGGCGGGCUGGCGGCCUGGCGCCCCAUGUUCUCAUUGGUACAGGCGGUGCGGAGCUAGCAGGCGCCAGGCGGGCGGGGGUUGCAGUACGUGCGUGCGCGUGAUACCUGGCGUGCGCCAGUGACAGGAAUACGCCAUCGGCCACACCGCUGGUAGUCGGACGGGUGGCGGCGCCGUGCGAAGCCAGCAUAUGCGUGACAUUUUAACAGUGGCAAAUGGUGGUAAGUCGUGGCAACCGUGGCGUCGUGCCGGCCAACCAACACGCAAGUAUAAUCAUCUUUUGU